AUGCAAUUGUGGGUGGAACCACCUGGAACGCUUCCCAGUUAUCCCAAGUUGGCUGCCAAAAACCCUAACGUUCCACCUGCGAUAGUUGUUCAAUCACUCGACGCCCAAUCUGCCGAGGCAGGGUUAAUAUUUCUAGAGCCAACAGUCGAUGAAUCGGGCCAGGACCCAAAAACUCGUGCUCAUGCUUAUUAUAAGAGGCUCCAUCCCUCCGACGCAAACCCCAAGGAGUCUUUUUCGAGAUUACUUAAGGAUUCUUCUUUGGCCAGAGUCAGCCAACACCUUGACGAUCUCCACGAGGCUUUCCAGGAACUGAAGGUUGGCCGCGCGAACUGUCGGUCGCUCUGGGAUAUGCUCAUUUGCUGCGAAACAUCCGUCAAACGAUUUUAUCCAAAGUUGGCUGUCGAAAACCACAAUGUUCCACCUGUGACAGUCGUUCAAUCACUCGAUGCCCAAUCCGCCGAGGCAGGGUUAGUAUUUCUAAAGCCUGCAGUCAAUGAGUCGGGCCAGGACCCGGAAACUCGUGCUCAUGCUUAUUAUAAAAGGCUCCAUCCCUACGACGCAAACCCCGAGGAGUUUUUUUCGAGAUUACUUGAGGAUUCUUCUUCGGCCAGAGUCAGCCAACACCUUGGCAAUCUCCACGAGGCUUUCCAGGAACUUGAAGUGAAGACAACCAGCCCGAUCUGA